AUGAACAACCAAACCUCCAUGCUGGAGUUCCUUCUCCUCGGAUUCUCUGACAUUUGGGAGCUGCAGAUUCUACACUUCACAGUGUUUCUAGUGGUUUACCUGGCAGCCUUGAUAGGGAACCUCCUUAUCAUCAUAGUCGUAGCCUUUGACCGACAACUUCACACCCCCAUGUACUUCUUCCUGGUCAACUUAUCCUUCCUAGACCUGUGCUACAUCUCUGUGACUGUCCCCAAAUCCAUGGCCAACUCUCUCAUGGACAGCAGAACAAUUUAUUUCUCAGGGUGUGUCACCCAACUCUUCUUGGUUGUCACCUUUGCCAUUACAGAGCUAGCAUUACUCACGGUGAUGGCAUACGAUCGCUAUGUUGCAAUUUGCCAUCCCCUCCAUUAUGGGAUGUUAAUGAACAGGGGCAGGUGUGCCCAGAUGGCAGCUGGGGCCUGGCUCAGCAGCAUGGUGUGUGCCGUGAUACACACCGGUAACACAUUUAGGUUACGCUUCUGCCGCUCCAACAUGGUUGGCCAGUUCUUCUGUAAUAUCCCACAGCUACUAAAGCUCUCCUGUGGGGAUACACGUGUUAAUGAUAUAGUAAUGCUUGUUCUUGGUUCUGUUGCAGCUGUUUCCUGUUUUGUAUUUAUAUUUGUGUCCUACAUUAACAUCUUCUUCACGGUGAUGAGAAUCCCCUCCAACCAGGGCAGGUACAAAGCCUUCUCCACCUGCCUGCCCCACUUGAUUGUUUUCUGUUUGUUUCUUGGCACUUCAGCAUUAACGUACAUGGGACCCAGAUCAAAGUCUUCAAAAGCUUUGGAUCUGGUAGUGGCCGUUUUCUAUUCUGUUGUGCCACCAACCAUGAACCCAAUAAUCUACAGCCUGAGAAACAAUGAGAUAAGGGGUGCGCUCAGGAAAAUGUUAAUUGCUCACCAGCCUGGUCCAAUAUGCAUAAGAUGGAUUUAA